GAAUUACGUCACACAGGGGCGUGCACUAACGGACACUCAGUGAGCUCGUUCACUACGUUUCCAGUCGGACAUAUUCAAGGAAACACAACACGUGGUUGUAGUGUGUGGUGCACCUGAAACGCUGCUGUAAAGAUUAAAAUGCCAAAGAAACGUGCCUCAAAUGUGAAGAGGCGCAGCAGCCAAGAUGACCAGCUCCCUCCUAAACAGAGCAAGCUGACGCAGAGUGACACUCCAUCCCCUCUGUGCUUCGACAGCCCUGACAGCCUGUUCGAGAGCCUCAUUCAGCCCAUGAAGACAGAGCAGUUCUUCAGGGAGUACUGGGAGAAGAAACCCCUCCAUCUGCAGAGGUCUGAUCCCAGUAUAGCCUCCUACUACCAGUCUUUGUUCCAGCUGUCCGACCUGCAGAGCCUCUGUUCUCAGGGUCUGGAAUACUACAGGGACGUCAACGUGGUUCGCUGCAUCAACGGCAAGAAAAAAGUGCUCAACAAGGAGGGGCACGUUAAGAGCAGCGUUCUCAAUAAGACCUUCGUUCAGAAUAAAGCCACCAUCCAGUUCCACCAGCCACAGAGGUUCAAGGAUGAGCUCUGGAGGAUCCAGGAGAAGCUGGAGUGUUUCUUUGGAGCCUUGGUGGGCUCCAACGUCUACAUCACACCACAGGAGUCCCAGGGCCUUCCACCUCACUAUGAUGAUGUUGAGGUGUUUAUUCUGCAGCUGGAGGGGGAGAAACGUUGGCGUCUCUACAAACCUACUGUUCCCCUGGCGUCAGAGUAUAGCCUGGAGUCAGAGGAGAGGAUCGGCAGUCCAACACAUGAUAUUGUACUGAAGACAGGAGAUCUUCUGUACUUUCCCCGAGGAACCAUCCAUCAAGCGAUGACUCCGGCAGGAGUGGACCACUCCACCCACCUGACUCUCAGCACUUACCAGAGAACGUCAUGGGGAGAUUUGUUAUUGGACGUAUUUCCCAGCUUGAUGUUUGACAGCAGCAGGACUGAAGUCGGACUGAGAGCGGGCAUGCCAAGGAGACUCUUACUGGGCAGCAGUGAAGGCCUGGACACCAGCAGACAGCUAGCAGCUAGUCUCAGAUCUCUGGCUGAUAAAAUGGAAACAGGGAUGCAGGAAGUCCGCUCCGCUCACAUGAAGAGAGACUUCAUCAUGAACAGACUGCCACCAUACAGCCAGCAGGAGCUGCUUACACCAUCUGGAAAGAUUCCUGCCUUGGAGGACAUGGUGUCUUUGAGGCUUAAAGAACAUAUGGUAAUAACAGUGGAGCCCAGCCAAGAGAGAACAGAUGAGUCCACGGAGCUCGUCGUCUUUGUCUUACAUUCUUUAAAGAACCAAAGGGAGAGCCACAUGAUGGGUGAAAGUCCUGACGAAGAGGAGGAACAAGACAUCUCCAGGGGCCUGCAGUUUCCUCUGUCCCACCUCCAGGCCCUGCGACAGCUCCAGCAGGUAGAGCAGCUGGCUGUGGACGAGCUCCAGCUACCCACACAGGAGGACAAACUCAGUCUGGUUCUGGCUCUCUGGAGUGAGAGCCUGUUAGUUGUAGUAUAGAACCGCAACAUCAAAUAUCACUAUGUGAAGUAUUUAAUUAAAUAGCAGCAGUUUAUUGGGGCUUGCUCUGGUUCAUUUGCUGUUGUUACUUGUAUCAACAUAAUAAACUCUUUCACA